AUGACAGUAUCUGAAGAUAUUAAUAAUAAUGAAAAUAAAAAUGAAAAUAUUGUUGAAAAAAUAACAAGUGAAAUAAAAAAUAUAGAAAUCAAAGAAGAUGAUAAUAAUAAUAAUAAUGAUAAUACAGAUACAGAAAAAGAAACAAAUUCAAUAAACCCUAAACCUUUAAAUAAUAAUAAUAAUAAUAAUAAUGAAGAAGAAACAUUGUCAUCUGGAUUUACAAACCUUAGUGCUGCAAUGGCUGCAAAAAUUAAUAAUUUAGUUACACCAGAUGGUAAACCAAAAAUUAUAGCAUAUACAACAAAACUUGAUUCAACUUCAUUUUAUGAUGAAAUUGAUAUUGAGGAUAUGGAUUUCAAUGAAGAUGAACGUAUUUUUUAUUAUCCUUGUCCAUGUGGUGAUAGAUUUAGAAUUACAGAAGAAGAAAUUUUACAAGGUGAAGAAAUUGCAAUUUGCCCAAGUUGUUCAUUAUUAUUAAAAGUUAUUUAUUCUCCUGAAGAUUUUGUUAUUGAAGAAGAAGAAGAAUAA